GGGUAAAUUUAGUGCGCGCAAAACGCAAUGGCGGAUGACAAUAUAUGAGCAAAUUCUAGAAAGAUUCAUGUUUACUCACAAAUAUUGUUGCACAAAAUACCUUUUUACCACGGAUAACUAAUCUCACAAUCAUGUCCACGAAAUCUUCGGUGGAUUUGAGGGCCGAGCUGGCGGAACUUGUAAAGAGGAAAGCAGAAAUAGCUGAAACCUUAGCAAAUUUAGAAAGACAAAUAUAUGCUUUUGAAGGGAGUUAUCUCGAGGAUACACAACUGUACGGCAAUAUAAUACGAGGAUGGGAUAGGUACCUUGCAAGUAAUAAAAACACAAAUAGUAAAGCAGAUAAAAGGAACAGAAAGUUCAAAGAAGCUGAAAGAUUAUUCUCAAAAUCUUCAAUCACAUCUAUGGCAGCUGUUAGUGGAUCAGCGGAAAGUUCGCAGGAAAAAAUUGACCGAUACAGCGAAUCAGAAUCGCAGAUUGGAAACAGUGGCAGUGAGGACAAUUGCAACUUCAGUAACUCUAAUCCAAUUUCAUCUGGCAAUAGUAAAGAAGCCAGCGGUAAAAACCACACAUCUGUUCAAUCUGGAUUUGCCCAAAAUAAUGGUUCCCUAGGUAGUACGGACAGUAAUGUUUCAUUUCCAAUUCAAUCCAAUGGUCCUGUAUCUAAUGGUAACCUAGAUCACGCAACAACACCAGUUAAAGAUGGACAUAGUAAUAGUAAAGAUGCCAACAAGAGUAGGCCUUCAAACAGUGCUAAAAAAAGUAGUAGUAAGAGAUCUCGAAAUAGGUAGGAUUUGUAAUGCCACAAUUCCAUUUCAUACCUGAAAUUACUCAAUAAUCCAUCUUCCAUCGACUGACAUAACGAUCGUACACACUUUCGUUCAUUAUCUAUUUUCAUUAAAUUGACAAGGGUUCGAAACUUAUAUCAUCCAGCAUUCGAUUGUAUUCCAAAACACUUUGUCAUACAUGAUUUGCAAAUCAUACAUCAAUUUUAAAUUUGAAAUAACAAAAUGUUUCCAAGGCCAAAUUAUUAAUUAUUAAUUAUUAAUUAUUAAUUAAUUUUGCUUGUUAAGUUUUGAACCCACUAGAAAAAAAAAAGAAAAAAAGAAUUUUAAGCGCAAUGAUAUCCUUGUGAAUGAAUAAGUUAUAGAUGACUAGAUAGAUGACACAGAAAAUAACAGUUGGUUUCAUGAAUGAGGUAAAUUAUGAUAUUUACAGUAUUUUGUGUUCUUAAUUAUUUGAAAUGUAUGAGUCUGCAUAUUCGAAUUAUUCUCAAAACCAUAGUCAUAGAUAGAUGUCAUUUAUGCAUAAUUUUAUAAUUUUUGUACUGCAAUAUUGCCUUAACACUUUUUUUACACUUAAUCUCAGAGCAAGAGCUGCAGAUUUUAUUUACACAUUACAGUUGUUCGUUAUUUAUGUAAAGCGUUUGUAUUUCACAGUAUGAAAAAGACAAAGCAGUUUCUACAGCUUUAGUUAUAAAUUAAAAUAUUGUCUUGAUGUGUAUGAAGUGAAAUAGAAUAUACGGUAUACUGAAAUCAUUGUAAAUUUCGCCGAGAACUAAAUAAACUCGAGAGGAUCGAGGUAUACAAUCGUUGCGAAGUAAAUCUUCAAUUGAACGAUCGACUGUUGUAAAUUAACAUUGUGAUUUAGUGAGAACGUUUCUUCUUAAUUAAGUUAAAUUAAUUGAAUAAACGACUUGAUUGUAUACACUUUAAGUUAUAAAAGACUUUUUAUAAACUCUA